AUGAGGCACUUUUUCAAGCUUCUCGACCCGAUGGCAGUGAUGCCAUUUACGUUGCGUUGUUUGAGCUUCUUCGGACUUCGAGGUCGCCACCCGUGGCACUUUAGAGUAGGUAUGUUUCUCGUACUGGCGUUUAUUACGGUGCCCAAGAUUGUGUUCGGGUAUCGAAGCCGGAUCGAUCUGAUCAUCCGGGGUGUGUCGGAGCUGCUGUUUGACGCACUGAUUGACAGUCGGGUGAUCAUUUUCGCCUUUAAACGGGCGGAGUUUGAGCGGUUGAUUACGAUACUGCGCAGGGAGUUCAAUAAAGUGAACACAUUGAACUGCAACUCACCAUUAAGAAAACUUGUGGAAACUUCCAAUCGAAAGAUCGACAAGUACUGCAAGAGAUAUGUUCUGUACGUGAUGCUAGCAGUUUCGUUAUUCUUUUGGCCUCCAGUGGCGCAAUCCGCUACAAUCUGGUACCACCAUCAGCAUGACAGCAAUGGCAGCAAACUUGAACUCGUUACAGUUAUGGAACAAGAGUUUUAUUGGUUAGAUAUUCGAGGCAACACGAUUCACUACAUAAUUUACAUAGUGUUCGCCCUUCCGAGCCAUCACUACAGUGCUGCGUUCUUUACCCUUUCCGGGCUCAUAAUGUACUCCUGUAUCAAAAGCAUCACGACGCUAUUUGAGGUGAGUCUGGCGAUCGCCGAUGCCAUCUACAGCUGCCAGUGGAUCCAGAUGCCGGUGGACGUUCGCCGGAAGCUGGCCUUCAUGAUGCGAAUGGCGCAGAAGCGGAAGGGUCUUACGGCGGCCAACUUUUACUUUGUGGACGUGCAGCAGUUUGCCAACAUUGCCCAACGGUCGUACUCGAUCUUUAUUGUGCUGAAGGAUGUGAUUUAG